AUGGGAGAUUUCUUGCCACCUGCAUGUUUUAACAUGUUUGUAUCCGAUGAACAUCGAAUGUGGCAAACAAGUAAUAUCCUAGAAACAGAGCUUCCUAUGCUUGCAUUUCAAAUUUUCUUCACUGUAUUAGUGGGUCGUCUUCUCUUCAAUGCAUUCAGACCUCUCCAUCAACCUCGCAUCAUUUCAUUUGUCUUUGUUGGUUUCUUACUGACUCCACCACUAUUGGGGAACAUUCCAGAAGUAUUCGGCUUCAUUUAUCCUGUAAACGGAAUACUCAAUGUUGAAGUUGCUUCACAUUUUGGCCUCAUUUACUACGCUUUCCUCAAUGGCCUGGAAAUGAACCUAGACACAAUUCUAAAAUCCAAGAAAGAAGCUACAAGCAUUGCAGCCAUGGGAAUCAUCUUUCCCAUUCUAACAGGACCAGGAUUAUAUGCUCUGCAUCGAAAAUUCUAUAUCAAUAAUACGUUCAAGCUUGAACAAGUUUCAAGUCAUGCGUAUUUAAUUUGGACUUUAGUUCUCACAGUUACAGGUUUUCCAAACCUAGUUGAAAUCCUUUCUGAGCUCAAGCUUCAUUACACCAGCCUAGGCAAAGUUGCAUUAACCGCCGGCAUGAUUAGUGAUACUUACAACUGGAUUCUCUUCACAUUAUUGGUGCCAUUUUCAAUUGAUAGCUCCAAUGCAAUUUAUUCAGUGCUAUGCACAGUUUUGUUCCUUACUGUGUGCAUCUUUUUGGUCCGCCCUUUACUUAAAAAGAUUAUUGAACGCAAGACAGAAAAUGAUGAAUGGGAUGAGUACCAACUCCUUUUUGUGGUGAUGGGAGCUUUUGCAUGUUCAUAUGUUACAGACAUUCUUGGAACACAUGCCAUUGUUGGUGCUUUUGUGUACGGACUAAUUUUGCCUCACGGGAAAUUUGCUGACUUGGUUAUGUCGGUUUCUGAUGACUUUGGUGGAGGGUUUCUGGCGCCACUUUACUUUUCAGGCAAUGGAAUGAGACUUAUAAUAAAAUCCGUUUUUUCUCAUGCAAAUUGGCCAUUGACCUUGCUGGUUCUAAUCUUACUGUGUGUCACAAAGAUAUUGGGAACUUUAUUUGCCACCUCCUUAUCUGGUAAGUCUGCUAGAGAUGGUUUUGCCAUAGGAUUGCUUCUCAACACCAAAGGAGCUUUAGCGCUCAUAAUGCUAAGCAUUGUUUGGGAUAAGAUGAUCUUUUUUGCACCAACAUAUGCUGUCCUCACUGCUGCCGUUCUUCUGAUGACCAUGGUAGUUUCACCAAUGAUUAACUUCAUGUUCAAGCCAAGAAAGCGAUUUGAACAGAACAAGCUAAGGACCAUACAAAAGCUAAGAGCGAAUGCAGAGCUCCGAAUUUUGGCAUGUGUCCACAAUAAUCACCAUGCUACGAGCAUGAUCAACAUCCUUGAACUAUUCAAUGCUACUAGACUUUCCCCAAUACAUGUCUUCGGCUUGUACCUUGUCGAAAUUACACAACGUGCUGCCGCACUUGUUGUUGCUCAUAUGGAGCCAAGUACCCAGCUUGGAGUGCAAAGUAAUCUCACCCAGUCUCAAGUUGAGUCAGAAAACAUUGCUUUUACCUUCAAGGCCCUUGGAAAUAACGGAGAUGGAAAUGGAAAUGACGCUUUUAGAGUCGAGACCACGAGCGUGGUCUCGUCCUAUGAAACCAUUCAUCAGGAUAUAUACAUCUCUGCAAGAGAAAGAGGCACGAGCUUGAUUCUUCUUCCCUUCCACCAGCAAUUAAGUUCAGAUGGUAACUUACUAGAAACAACCAAUGUCGUAUACAGAGAUAUAAACAAGAAUGUAAUGCAAGACGCGCCUUGUUCUGUGGGAAUAUUCAUAGACCGUGGUCUUGUAACUUUCUCUCAAACAUGUCUUCAUAUUCUUAUGAUCUUUGUUGGAGGCCCGGAUGACCGUGAAGCGUUAGCAAUUGCGUGGAAGAUGGCAGGGCAUCCGAGGGUUCAACUAUCAAUGGUUCGACUCUGUUUGUUAGAUGAAGCUGCUGCUGCUGCAGAAGAAGCAUCUCAUCAUUCUGAAGAAGCAGAGGGGAUAUUGUCCAAUGCGAUGGAUAACGAUAAGCAGAAGGAGUUGGAUGAUGAAUAUAUAAGUAAAUUUAGAUACACUGCGGUGAAUAAUGAGGAUUAUAUAUCUUAUUCAGAGGCUGAUAUUCGUGCAGGUGAAGAUAUCCCUAGAGUGUUGAAAGCACUUGACCAAAGAGGGUGUGAUUUAUACGUAGUUGGACAAGGAAAUUGCAGGAACUCCAUACUCUUCUCAAACUUACUAGAAUGGUGUGAUUGUUUGGAAUUAGGUGUUAUUGGGGAUAUUUUAGCUUCAAAUAUUUUUGGUACAAACUCAUCUAUUUUAGUUGUUCAACAGUAUGGUUUUGGAGGGAUGAAACUCGAGAGGAAACAAGACCAUAUGGCUAAUAAUAGUCGCUUUGGAUCGCUAAUUGUGAAGGCAGAAUAA